ACACUUGGUGCAAGGCCCAAGAAACUCAAGCCUCUAAAUCACCUCUUCUUUGUUUUUGUUUUUUUGUACAUUUUCAUUCUACUUCUUGCAAUGGCUACUUUUACAAUGGCUCUUUCCUCCUCUACUUUCGCCGGUAAAGCGGUGAAACUCUCACCAUCUUCUUCUGAAAUCAGUGGAAAUGGGAGAAUUACAAUGAGGAAGACUGCUGCCAAGCCCAAGCCUGCCUCCUCUGGUAGCCCAUGGUACGGUCCUGACCGUGUUAAGUACUUGGGACCAUUCUCUGGUGAAUCACCAAGCUAUUUGACUGGUGAGUUCCCUGGUGAUUACGGAUGGGACACUGCUGGGCUUUCAGCUGACCCUGAAACAUUCGCUAAGAAUCGUGAGUUGGAGGUUAUUCAUUGCAGAUGGGCCAUGCUUGGAGCUCUUGGAUGUGUAUUCCCCGAGCUUUUAGCCCGUAACGGUGUUAAGUUUGGUGAUGCUGUAUGGUUCAAAGCUGGAUCUCAAAUUUUCAGCGAGGGCGGACUUGACUACUUGGGAAACCCUAGUUUGGUUCAUGCACAAAGCAUUUUGGCUAUUUGGGCUUGCCAAGUUGUGUUGAUGGGAGCUGUUGAGGGUUAUCGUAUUGCUGGUGGGCCUCUUGGUGAGGUUGUUGAUCCACUUUACCCUGGUGGUAGCUUUGACCCAUUGGGCCUUGCUGAAGACCCAGAGGCUUUUGCUGAGCUUAAAGUUAAGGAAAUUAAGAACGGCAGACUUGCUAUGUUCUCCAUGUUUGGAUUCUUUGUUCAAGCUAUUGUCACCGGAAAGGGUCCAUUGGAGAAUCUUGCUGACCACAUUGCUGACCCAGUUAACAACAACGCCUGGGCUUUUGCCACAAACUUUGUUCCCGGAAAGACAACUUUUCUUUUUGUACAUUCAAGAGUUUUUCAUUUUACUUCUAUAAUGGCUACUUCUACCAUGGCUCUUUCUUCCGCUACAUUUGCCGGAAAGGCGGUUAAACUCUCCCCAUCUUCUUCUGAAAUCACCGGAAAUGGAAGAAUCACCAUGAGGAAGACUGCUGCCAAGGCCAAGCCUGCCUCCUCUGGUAGCCCAUGGUACGGUCCUGACCGUGUUAAGUACUUGGGCCCAUUCUCUGGGGAGUCUCCAAGCUACUUGACUGGUGAGUUCCCUGGUGACUAUGGAUGGGACACUGCUGGACUUUCAGCUGACCCUGAAACAUUUGCUAAGAACCGUGAGUUGGAGGUUAUUCAUUGCAGAUGGGCUAUGCUAGGAGCUCUUGGUUGUGUUUUCCCUGAGCUUUUGGCCCGUAACGGUGUUAAGUUUGGUGAAGCUGUAUGGUUCAAGGCUGGAUCACAAAUUUUCAGCGAGGGUGGACUCGACUACUUGGGCAACCCAAGCUUGGUCCAUGCACAAAGUAUCUUGGCCAUCUGGGCUUGCCAAGUUGUGUUGAUGGGAGCUGUUGAGGGUUAUCGUAUUGCUGGUGGACCUCUCGGUGAGGUUGUUGACCCACUUUACCCUGGUGGUAGCUUUGACCCAUUGGGCCUUGCUGAAGACCCAGAGGCAUUUGCUGAGCUCAAAGUGAAGGAAAUCAAGAAUGGUAGACUUGCUAUGUUCUCCAUGUUUGGAUUCUUUGUUCAAGCUAUUGUCACUGGAAAGGGUCCAUUGGAGAAUCUUGCUGACCACAUUGCUGACCCAGUUAACAACAAUGCUUGGGCCUUCGCCACAAACUUUGUCCCCGGAAAGUGAAGUUGUUAAAAAAUUAGUUGUUUGCUUGAUGGCCUUGUUAAAGCUAAUUGUAAAUUACAAGAAGAUAAUAUAUAUGAGUAUUGUUAUUGGAUGCAUUAAAGAGCUGUUUGCAAGAGAUUAUUCAUCUGUAAA